GCCCACGUGUUUGGCGGUGUUUAUACACCGCGGCGGAGCUUGGCUUUAAAGCUACCCCCCCGCCGCACCGAAGAUAAAGUGAUUCUCAGUAUUAUUAUUUUAUAUAUAUAUACCCCAACGACAAACUAAAUCCAUUCCUGGAUGUCUCAUUCGCAGUGAAAAGAAAAUGUAGCUACAUUCGUACCGUGCGAUAAUACAUCCGAAUCGCAACCCUAUGGCUCAGGACACGUAAAGAAGCGGGGGGGCGGUGGGUUAGGUAUUUAGCCGCCGUGCACGUAGACGCGACUGCACUGCUGCGCGAGGUUGUCGGGGGGGUGGUGGUGGUGGUGGUGGGGGGAAACGUUGCGGCUGAGCGAGCAUGGUGCUGCACGCCUCUGGGCUCCCAAGCAGCGCUGACGACUGCCUGUCCGCCGCCGAGAUGAGCGACUCGGAGGGGAGCGACCUGGAGCCGGGCUCCUGCAUGCCGCCGUCCCCGGCUCGCGUCGCCGACACGGCCGGCGCUGUUGGCUCGGCGCUGGGUGGUGGUGGUGCCGCCUCGGGCAGCGGCAACGGCGGCCAGCCGGACUGGUGCAAGACGGCGAACGGGCACAUCAAGCGGCCCAUGAACGCCUUCAUGGUGUGGUCCCAGAUCGAGCGGCGCAAGAUCAUGAUGGAGUCGCCGGACGUGCACAACGCGGAGAUCUCCAAGCGGCUGGGCCGCCGCUGGAAGCAGCUCAAGGACUGCGAGAAGGUCCCCUUCAUGCGGGAGGCGGAACGCCUGCGCCUCAAGCACAUGGCCGACUAUCCGGACUAUAAGUACCGGCCCCGCAAGAAAGCCAAGACUCCCGGCGGAGGGGGAGGAGGAGGAGCGGCGGGAGGCUGCGCUGCUGCUGCUGCUGCUGCCGGGGGCGGCGCGGGGCCCGUGUCCCCGCAGGAGAAGCCGCUCAAAUCGAGCAAGAAGGGCGAGCCGGCAAAGCGGCAGCAGCAGAGCAGCGGCGGCUCCGGUGGCAAAUCCAAAGCGCAGAAGCUGCCGCCUCACCUGCGGGCACCCUCGGGCGGCCGUGGUCUCAAGACGGUGACCACCAAGACGGUGCGGGACCUGCUGGCGCCUCCACAAGCCCGGCACCACCACCAUCAUCACAAUCAUCAUCAUCAGCAGCUCGGCAACCAUCACCAGCACUCGUCCAGUCAGCCCACGUCCCCCGCCGCGGUGCCGCCCAGCCCGACGCUGAGCAGCGGAUCUGCGGAGGGCCGCGAGUCCGCGAGCUUCUACGAGGACAUCUCGGGCGUGCGAGUGACGACCAUCAAGAUCGAGCCCGGCUCCGUGUCGCCGUCCGUGGUGCCCUCCGUCUCGGCGCCGAUGGCCACGAUGCUUUCGUCCGGAGGAGCCGGAGGAGCAGCGGGAGGGAUGGACGACUCGAUCCUGGACUUUGCGCUGAGCGCGUCCGAGCGGGGCGAGCUGCAGCUGCAGACGCUGGGCAGUAUCGGCCUCUCCACGCUCGACCGAGACAUCGACUCGCUAAGUGACGGCAGUUCUGCGUCUCACUUUGAUUUUCCAGACUAUUGCACCCCGGAGGUGAGCGAGCUCAUCUCUGGUGACUGGUUCGAAUCGAGCAUCACCAACAUGGUCUUCACGUACUGACCGCCCCCCCCUCUCUCUCUUACCCCCUAAGCGAGCAAGCGAGAGGGCCACCAUGGACUUGCCGGUCACUUCUUGUGGCAUGCGCUCGCCAAGGAUGAGUUUUGUGGAGGGGAGAGGGUGGGAGAUGAUCGCGUGGAUCAUCUCGGAAGAGCGAGUGAGUGUGCGAGCCAAGACGAGGCUCGCUCACUUCAAAGUAUUUGAGACUUAAAUUUUUUUUUGUUUUUUUUAUACGAAUAUAAAUUGAGUUGACUGAUUUCAAAACCCAGCUUUACCAGCAUUGUGCAUUGGUCGCGCUGACUUUCUCCGGCCCCCAAUCUUUUUUUUUUCCGAUGGGAGAUGCAGAGAGCGCGAGUGAGAGAGAGCUGUCACUCGUUAAAGGAGUCUGGAAGAUGACCCACCAAGGGAAUCUAUCCAAAGCCGCGGUUUCCUCUGCCACACUCGGGAGGUUUAAAGUCCACGGUUGGAAUCCUCUACCUGCCUUUUUGGACACACCAGGAGCUUCUUCAGCAAGUCCGCAUGCUACCAAUAUUGAUACCGCAAUAGCCGAUAAGUCCAAAAUAACGCUUGGUUAACCAUGAGUCUGUCUACCGAGUCCGUGAAAAGUGUAUUUAUACUGUAUUUACAUUGUAGCUGGACUGCAUUGACAUUAACUUAACGACGGGGGGGCGGGGGGAGGGUUUUUAUAGGUGUGUUUAGAUUGCCUUGUGUUAAAAAACAGACCGUGCUCGAUGAUGAUUUAGUUUCAUUAGUUUGCGGAUAAGGCGAAUAAGGUUGUGAGGAUGAUGAUGAUGGCAGCGUGCAAAACGCCGCGGCGAGGAGGGAUUAGGAUGGCGACUCGAGACAUAUUUGAGGAUGAGUGGGGGGAGAAUGCACGGCAUAUAUGCUUGUAGAUAAUUAUAUCCAUUGUGCGGUUGAGAGACGGGUUUUAUCUUUAGACCCAUGGUCGGGGUGUCGGAGUGGGAGGGAUGGAUUUAGGGAGGAGGGUUUGGGUUUUAGUAGGCGCGUUUUUUUCGUACAGAUGUCUUCUCUCUGCGUUGCCAUCCAAGACGUGCACCACUAGGUGGCCCUAUCUCUAAACCGACAGAAACUCACUCCCCAACACGUGCAUUUGUGGUUACAAUUGAGAAUUACUCCGUCCGUGCGUGCGUCCAUUCGCUCACUGACUUGAUUUUUGUUGUUACUGUUGCUUGUUUUAAGUGUACGGUUGAGAGAGGAGGGGGGGGAGGUAUUUUGGUUGGAGGUUUUUUUUUUCUUCUAUGGAUUUAAAUGUACAUAUAUAAACAAUAUAACAGCACCUGCCUGUCGGAAACACAUUUGGAACAACAAAUGACCACGUCCACGUAAAAGGGCUUGAUUCUAUUUGCAGUACAGAGUUUUUUCUUAUACGUCAUUUCGAUCGAAAACUUUGUACAAAGAUUUAUUUUCUCUAUGUAUUUUUGUAUAAAAAAAGAGUAAAACAAAAAUCGUAUUCAGAACUCGCGCCCUUUCUUUUUCCUUUUCGAUGUUUUUGAGGAUUGUCUCAUAGGCGCGUGUUUACAUUUUUGCCAAUACUCGGCAUGCGUGCUAAUGGUAAAGCAAUGCUCCAUCUCACCACGCAUAUAAACUGUAUCGCUUAAUGUGUUGUUAUUUAAAGGGUUACACGGUGACGAUGUAUUUAUGGUUAUGAAGAUUACAAUCUAGUUGAGAAAAAAAACGUGAAAUCGUGGCUAGCGGUAGUAAAAAAAACGAGUUUGUGAAAUGUACGAGUUUAGACGACGAUAGUGCCGUUUUUUUCUUGUUCUUGACAUGCUUAUCGGUGGUGUACGGUUGACAUUGCCAUUUGUGUAUCUUUUUUGAUACUUAAAACUCACACAAGCGCAUACGGUUCAUAAUAAAUGAUCUCACCAGCU